GGGUACCGACUGCCCAACAAAAACUCGUCCAUACAAGCGUUCACAGUGUUCAUUUAGUGCCACCGAAAAUUGAUGAUGUUCGUGGUCCUUCUCGUACGUCGACUCCGGUAAACAUUGAAAACGUCACGCCUCAGCAUCCCAACGGAAAUCCCGGCAAGAACCCGGCGUUGAAGAGGGCACGCGAGUAUUGUUUCGAACGGCCAGAAUAUGUCGAGUGAAAGUGAAGACGCCGAAGAGUCCAGUUUGGAGGAAUCCGAGUCGGAGACGGAGUGUUAUUGGAAUGAGGACAACGCCGACAACCCGUGCAAUUAUACCACGGAGGUAGAGCAGAUCAUCCACGAAAAUGUGGACAUUUCGACGGCUAACGCCAUCAAACUGAACCAGCAGUUCCAGCGGAAGUUGAAGCUAAUGAGAACGAAAUUGCAAGCGAUGGUGUACCAGUGCCAAGAGCGUUUGCGAAUCGUCGAGCGGAAGAUCGAUGACUAUUACUACCAGCGGAGCAUUGGCGAGGCCAAUGGGAGAAAGCUGGGAAAAGCACGAGUCGGUAGAUACAUCUGUGGGCAGCCGUUCUUCAAGGAUCAAUCGCUGUAUCCCGGUCCACACAAUGAGGACUAUCUCUAUCGGAAGAACGUGAUGAAGGAGUUUUUCCCACUGGAUCAGUUUGAAGCCACGGAUACGAUGUGGACUGUGAACGAUAAACUGUCGGUGAAAAAUGCAGUGGCAGCACAGGCAAAGGAGUUCCUUGCGCGAGAACUCAGCCUACAGGUGAAGCAGUGCAACAACCCCAGGAAAAGCCAACAGAUUGAGCAGGAACAGGAAUCGCUGGUAGCGCUGUCAAUCGAUACACUCUGGGGGAAGGCUUGUACGUUCGAUGGUAGCUACGGUGGAGAAACGUUUAUGGUGGACUGGUUGCAGGUAUCGAACGUUGCCGUAUCACAACGCCAUACGCCUGCAGCUUGCGAAGGCAUGUGGAACAACUAUCUAAGACCCGGGAUUCGUCGUGGUAACUGGGAAGAGCACGAAGAGUCCCUGUUGGAGCAGGCGUGCCAGGAGUAUGGGUACCAGGACUGGGAAAAGAUCGCUCAGCGCAUCGAGGGCCGAUCGCAGUAUCAGUGUUUGAUGCACUUCCAGACGAACCUUUCCGCGAUGGCAAAGAACGCAAAGAUGCCCUGGACGCCCGAAGAGGACCAGCGGUUGAUGGAUUUGGUGGAGAAAAACAGCAUCGGCAAAGACAUCGUGUGGAACAAGGUGGUCGAAAAUAUGCCUUACAGAAACAAGACGCAGGUGUACACGCGCUACAUGUUCACGCUGAAACAGCCGCUGCGAAACAUCAAGUUCAGCCCGGAGGAAGACUGCGUUAUCAUUGCAUACGUGCAACGAUUCGGGGAGAAUUUUCGUUUUUUUCCAGACGGCAUGCUACUAGGACGGACGACCCGCCAGAUUCAGGCACGGUAUCGAAAUACGCUGCGCUAUGUUAAUAAACGGGCCACCUGGUCACUCGAGGAAGAUCAACGGUUGAUGGACUACAUUGAGAAGCAUCGGACGGAACUGGAUGCGAAAAACAUAUCGUGGGCUGACUGUGCGGAUUCGCUGGGUAACCAUUCACGGUUCAGCUGUCGCACGCGCUACUACACCAUUGUGCGCUUUCUGGAGAAAAAUCCAGGUGCGAGGGUGGAAGAUGUGCCGCGCAGAGAUCACCGUAAACUGUCCACCACGGUGACCAACGAGAAUUGGGCCAAAAUCAUCUGCAGUAUCCAGGGAGGCAAGGCCAGCAGCAUGGGCAAAGCACAGAAAGGCUCGUUCUAUUCGAAUCUCACCACAGCCAGUGAACGGUCGUUGUACGAAAAGAUGAAGUUCAGCUACCGGUAUAGUUUUGGAAAUCAUCUGAAUGUCACCAUGCGCCGAAAGCACGUGUUCACGGGGGCGAAAAUUUUGCUCUACCUGCUCGAAGGGUUCUACGAACAAGUCGCUUGUUCGAAAACCGUCGCAACCAACAAGAUUCUGGAGCAACCGGAGGUGUCUAGGAUGUUCACCGUAAUACAAUCACCGCUCCGGUGGUACGAGCUUGAGGCAAACUUGCGGGCCGAGCUGAGACUUUGCACGCUUGCUUCCGAUGCGUUAUUCUGUUGGCUUCCACCGAGCUACAACACAGUGAUAGGGUUGCGAGGUGUCUGUCUGAAUGCUAACUCUAGCUCGAUCAACCAAUCAUCACAGGAGGCACCGCUGAAAGAAUCCAACGAACAGCAGUAUCAGGAGGCUACGAAACGGUUCGUGGACCGGUUCAGGAAGAUUUUUCACUGGACCAUACUGCUCACCAUGCUAAACUAUGAUCAUGCAGUCUUCCGCGAAGAGGAGACCGACGAUCGAGGCUCUGUAAGGUGCGAAAGUGAAACCGAAUGGGAGCUCAGUGAUGAUGGAGUAGAACCGCAAGAACAGAUGUUCACUUUACCACCCGAUAGCGACAAACCUAUUCAGCAGAAUCACGAGUCACUUGCGCUGGAACGGACUGAUUGCCUCGUACCUAUAUCCUUUAUGCACUUACAACAGGAGCAAGCGAAACUUUGUGAACCGCAAUCUGCCAUGUCAGCUAUGGAAUUGGUACAAAAUAUAACUGUUGUUAAUCCGAACGAUCUACUCGAGCCAACACUUGCCAGCCUAACCGUAGACAAUCAGAAUCUUUCAGUUGGCCAGGUGGAGCAACAAUCUUAUAGCAUGCCACCAUUAACGAUCAGCUGCAUGAAUCAUCUUUCGGAACAACCGUGUACCAGCAAUUAUACUGAAGAUAACCUGAAACCUUCAAAAGCAAACCCAUCACUAACCAGCACUAAAAAGCAAACCAAAUCACGUAGGAAAGAAACUGGGGACACCAAACCAGCAGCGAAAGCUCGGAAAAUUAAACGAGGGGAAACUGGACCCACGACCAUCGUAGAUCGAGAUCUAGAAUUAUCGGAGCGCAUUAUGGAUUCACAGUCCAGUAAAGACUUGCAACCAACAUUGUUGGAACAGAAUGUUGCUCCAUUAGAACCAGACAGUAUUAGCAUUCUCGCACAGCCUAUACAUCCCGUAUCCGUUAUAACGACUUUACCUUCGACAAUGAAUUUUGAACCAGGCGUUUGGAAUGCAAUGAGGAGCAUGCAUGAGACUGUGCCAACGAAACCAGUGGUCACUAUGGAAACUCAGUCUGAAUGUAAUAGUUCCCUGCAACCAACUCAAACGGUUAACUUGAUACCAGUGCAAACAUUACGUCUAGCAACGACGCAACUGAUGCCUGCAGAUAGGCAGAGUAUUACUGGCGACUGGAAUUCAUCUGAUGUGUACCUAGCUGAGAUUUCCUAUGUUAAACCUACACAAUGCGAAAAUGUCGUGUCACAACAGAAAACGGACCAAAAGCAGAUCCUUCAAGAUUCUAAACAAUCCAACAAUGUUCCCUUUAAAAAUACAGGGGCAAUGGACGAAGCAACGCCCUCUCGGGAAAGCAAAGGUGAGUCGGAGAAAUGUGACGAGCAGGAUCGUUAUGAGGAUUUGUUAACGCAAAUCGACGAUAGUUUUUCGGCGGUAGACAUAAUACGUCUGUUGAACGACCGAAGAAAGGCGGACGGUAAUGAAAGUAGCAAUGAUUCGGAUUUGUGAAUAAUAAUUUGCAGGCUAUUAAGAAUCAGUUUGACGGACUGUGCGCCCUUCAUUACGGUACGGUAUAGUAG